UUGGUAGAGUACGUGGGUAAAGGGAAAAGCAUCAUGGAUGUGGGUUUGGCCCAGGCCGAUCUACCCCUCAACACACGCUGCCACUACUAUGAGCUGGAGAUCACUGACGCAGGAGAGAAGUGCUACAUCGCCCUGGGACUGGCACGCAGGGUACGUGUCCUUAUCAUAUUUCAUUUUUUAAAUUAUUUUUCUAGUUUAUUGGACGGAGUCAGUAAAGAGAGAGGAAAGUAAACAGCAGAAAUGGUGUGCUAGAAGGGCGUGCGUGGGCCAGAUUCAAGCAAACUCUAGCACUGACAUACAGUACAUGUGUGCUCCGAAUGCAGCGGCAGUAACCGCUAGAUCACAGUCCACGUCCUCAUACAAAAUCAUCAUCAACUUCAUCAUUAUCAUUGUUCAUUGCUAUUAUCACUAUUGUCAUUAUCUCCAGCACAAUGAACAUCAAUGACACUAUUAUGAUCGUCAUCAUCACCCUACAUUCUCAUUAUCCAGCCUAGAAUGAGUCCAUCUGAAACAUGUUAUACUUCCAUAGCAUUCUACGGUUCUUAAUUCACUCUAAUAUCACAUAAAAUACAUGUUUUCAUACCAAUCCGUAUAUAACAUCUACAUCUGUUGUACAAAUUCUGAAUGUGCAUUUAAAGAUAUAUGCAGGCCUCAAUUCCAAAUGAAUGGGAAAGAUGGGCACCAUCUAAAAAGGUGGAAUUAGGCAAGAUGCCAAUCAAACCUUAAUUUUGGGGUGAAAAGGAGGUAAAAGGAAAAAGAAACUGAGGUAGUUGUGUAACCAGUCAGUGCCUUUGGUCAAAUGUUGCUGUCACUUAUCUCGCUACCCCAGCCAUGACGAUCCUCUCCUCCUUCUCCUCCACUUCUCUCACUAUUUCCACCCCAUUCUGAGUGAUGGAUGACGGAGAGGGGAAAAGCGAACAACAGAAUAAAUAUUGUCUCAUUUGAACCCCUCAUUUGGUGUUCCGUAGAAAACACAGGCUGUUCCAUUUACAUGCUAGCCAAUCGUGCUAACAUGAUAGCAACACUGACUGAAGUGGAGUGUGGGAAAUGUGCUGUAUCGAACCCGGUCUCCACCUCACAAGAUUACAGCCACUUAUCUAUCUAUCUAUCUAUCUAUCUCUCUAUCUCUCUAUCUCUCUAUCUCUCUCUCUCUCUCUCUCUCUUUUCUCUCUCUCUUUUUUUUUUCUCUCUCCUUUUUUCUCUUUCUCUCUCACUCAUAUUAUCCAUCUAUCGCUGUUAUUUUUCUUCUGUUACUCAUGGCAAGCAUAGUUUAUUUCACUAUUUCCAAGUGAAUGACAACUUUCACAGUGUGGCAGUUUUCCAAGCAUGGCUAUUUAGCCGCUAGGUAGCUGGGCAUUUUUGUCUGUUGAGUUGCUUACACAGAAAGAAACUACGUAAAAAGCAAAGUAUACAGCAAGUGUUUGCGUCCUCUGGGUUAGAAAGAUCAAGUUGCUAAUAUCGUAGAUAAAAGCUAAUAUCAUAAAUUAAUUAAUUUGGACCCCUUCCAACGGUGUCUCUCUGUAUAAUUGAUGACAGCGAUUAUCUCCAUAUUGUGGAAAUAUCAUCUGACAGGCAGUUUAGAGAGGGCUUGUCUAAUGACUGUUUGCUCAACACAGAGACACCUGAACUCAUUAUGACAGCAGAGAUUUGAUCAACAUGGAAUCUGCCCAUCCUGUUUAAUGUAAAUUAAAGAGCUCCUACUUCAGAUAUGUCAGUUAUUUUAUCAGAUAAGAGAACCUGGAAAUAAGAGCCCCUAGAUACUGCUGGAUCCUUCUUAAACUUUUUGACUACAUCUGGAGCUCCAACUUCAUGGAGAGUUUCAAGUAAGUCACAGUUCAGAUAUGCCUCCCCGUUUCAACAAACAAAGGGGAGUAGGUUUGCUCAACAACAAAUGGCAGGACAAAAACCCUCCAAAAGGACUUAUUCAGAGGAGAAACGUCAGGAUACCCGUGCUUCAUCAGAAAAUGGAGCAAAGCCUGAACAUAAGAAGUAAAUCUCUGCCUGUUUUUUGAGUGCCCCAACUUUUUAAUAGGUGUUGGUGUCUUCUAUCUUUGGCCUGUACCUCCUGAUAGCUCACCACUGUGGUUCCAUGGGUGUUGUAAGGAUGUGUUGUACCCAGACAAUGACAGUAAGUCCUCCAUUGGCCUAUGAAGCGAAACCAUCCUGAUGUCAGUUAGUUACGUUUGCCCAAUUAAUCUACCUUUGAUCAAUUCCACACCCUUGUUAAUCUCUGGGGUUGCCUAAUGUCAUGUCACACACAGUCAAUCUCUCCCUACCUCCUAAACCUUAGCACUCUUGUCUGUGUGUGUUGCUUGGCACUAAAGGCUGGAUGAGGGCGAGAGAAUAGAGCUCUGUGAUUUCACUGAUUGUUUUCCGGGAAUUAUUUUCUAGAGCAGUCUGUGGUUCUGGUGGGGCAUCAUAAAUCCAACAGUCUGCCAUUCCUGAGGUUUCAGACUUCCACUCCUCCCCUUCACCUCCUAGCAGGCCCAAUGAGCCAUCCUCAUUAAUGUGUUGAUUGUGAACCAUUACCUCUCACAGGAAAAAUCAGAGGCGGACGUCAUCCCUGUUCAGAAACCACUUAAGUCCACUUGUGGUGAAAGCAGAUCAGUGACAACUUUGAAUCCUCUUUUUUAUUGGAGAAUGGUGGGAUGGUGUGAUACACAUUCCUGUGUCAUUCUAUCUCUCGGUCUCCUACCUCUCCAUCUCUUUCUUCUCAUCUAUCAUGGUCGUCAUCUUCACUUUUUCAUCCCUUGAUCAUACUCACAUUUAAUCUCCUCAUCUUCCCAUCUCUCCAUUGCCUCACCUGUCCAUCUCCAUACCUCUCCCACUAUCUGACCCUCUCUUUAUCCACUGUCCUCUCCUCCCUGUGUCUCUAUCUCUCCAUAUCUAUACCAGUAAAACCCUUGCCACUGUGGCCAUAGGGGCUUCCAUUGGCACAAAGGCAGCUCUCUUCUCAUUCUUCUCCACACCAGUUAGCAUUAGUCGUGACCUGGUGGCGCCACAGUACAUGUCUUUGUGUGUUUCAGUGAAUAAUACCAGCAUAGAAGCUAGGGCUGUUAGCUCCGGUGACGCCAUCCCCAGCUGAUAUUACCCACGGUGUGUUAAAGAUUAGUAUCUGUGGUCCUCUGUAGCUCAGCUGGUAGAGCACGGCGCUUGUAACGCCAAGGUAGUGGGUUCGAUCCCCGGGACCACCCAUACACAAAAAUGUAUGCACGCAUGACUGUAAGUCGCUUUGGAUAAAAGCGUCUGCUAAAUGGCAUAUUAUUAUUAUUAUUAUUAUUAUAUCUGAGUCUUCCAUUGUAUGGGCUGAUGGACAGGGUGCACCCCCAUUAAAUGUGACUCAUCUUAAUAAUAAUAUUGUUAUUACUUAUCUUCAGAUCUUAUCAGCUACAACACUGGGCCUUUGUUGGGGUUUCUGUUAGCUUUGCAUUGACAUAUUAUCACUUAAUUUCACAGGAUUACCCCAAAAACAGACACCCUGGCUGGAGCAGGGGCUCCAUAGCCUAUCAUGCAGGUGAGUGUCCAGAGUCAUGUAGCGUCUGUCUGUCUGUCUGUCUGCAAGUGUUCCUGCGUGAUGGUUUGGUUGGUUGCUUGAAUGUGUCUGUCUCUGUACCUGCUAGCCAUGCAUGAUUCUAAUUAUUGUUCAGACCAACUCCUCACUUGAGACACGUGCAGAAGUCAAAACUGUCACACAAAUCUCCCAUUGACGUCAAUGUAUUCUUUAUCUAAACUAGCUUUUCAUACUUAUCUCAAGUUAGGAUUCGGCCCACAGUUUGAACGCCUUCAGUUCAUAGUGAGGAAGUAGUCAAUCUCAUACUGUAUAGAACAGAAUGUAUCCUUAUGUGUCUGUAUGAAAGGCCUGUUUGGUGUAGCCCUUGGCUAACCUAUAGAGGAAGACAGAAAGGAGAAGUGGUCCAACUCAAACAUAUACAGAAAAGGCAGAACUUGUCCAACUCCAACAUACUGUAUAUGAACUGUGCUGCCCUGACUUAACCUAUAGACAGAAUGCCCCAUAGGGCUCUGGUCAAAAGUAGUGCACUAUGUAGGGAAUAGGGUGCCAUGUAGGGCUCAGCCAGAUUGAGAGAAAAGCUGAGAAAGGAGUUGUCCAAGUCCCCAUGAAUGGUGGGAUACCCUUAUCAGUGUGUUUGUCUUAUGAUAAGCCUGUGUGUUUAUCACUGUUUAUCUGCCAAAGUGGUGAUUAGGUGAAACCCCACCUAGUGAUCUCUUCAUGUUUCAUCUGUUCCAUGUCAUUGUUUCUCUCUUCCUAAAAUCCACCCUAAGGAUGAGAUAGUAGCUCUUUCCUCUCGUAUUCCCCCUGACCUCUGGUUGACUAUUCUACUGGCGAGGGAGGUUGAGAUGAGGACAAAUGGAGUUUUAAGUUUGUUCUAGGCACACAGCAGUCGGAGUCUCAAUCAUCUCACUCAUUUGGAAGUUCUGGGUUGGGCUCAUUUUUGUUUUCAAUUCAGUUAAUCUAGGAGAUUAAUUGAAAUAGGAAUUUUCUGUUUGCCCUGAACUGACUGAAUUUGCAUGGAAUUGAAAUACAGAAUGAUUCAAACUCGCAUACAUGCUCUCUCAUACACACACUAUCUCUUUUAUCCUUCCCUCUCUCAGAUGAUGGGAAGCUCUUCCAGGGUAGAGGGGUGGGGGACGCCUUUGGCCCUCGCUGUUUUGAGGGGGACGUCAUGGGCUGUGGCAUCAUGUUCCCACGGGACUACAUCCUGGACAGUGGAGGUGAGUGGACCAAUAGGCUGCUGCCAUUUGAGACAGACAACCAUGAAACAAACAAUGUCAUUAGAUGAUCAAAUUAAAAUAAAGCAGCAAAUGUGAGUGGGGAUUUUGAAUGGUAUACUUAAUUAACUGUCUCCCUGUCUAUCAAUCUGUCUGUCUUGCCAUGUGUCUGUGUGUCUGUCUUUCUGAGCAUAUCGGUGUGGCUCCCUCAGAUGACAGAGACGACGGGGACUUGGAGGUGCGGCCCAAGCAGCGGCGUGUCCAGAACGACCUCUACAUGAACGAUGAAGACGAGGAGGAGGAUGGAGAGGAACUGGAGGGGGAGCAGGAGGGGAGGAAGGUCAUGGUGAGAGACUCUCUUUUGUCUACAUCAGCAAACCUUCAAACAGGGCCAGAGCAUUAGCUCUGUGAGAGGCAGGAGAGGGGUUAUGUCUAAUUAGUUAGGGUUUUACAGUGGGGAAAAAAAGUAUUUAGUCAGCCACCAAUUGUGCAAGUUCUCCCACUUAAAAAGAUGAGAGAGGCCUGUAAUUUUCAUCAUUGGUACACGUCAACUAUGACAGACAAAAUGAGGGAAAAAAAUCCAGAAAAUCACAUUGUAGGAUUUGUAAUGAAUUUAUUUGCAAAUUAUGGUGGAAAAUAAGUAUUUGGUCAAUAACAAAAGUUUCUCAAUACUUUGUUAUAUACCCUUUGUUGGCAAUGACACAGGUCAAACGUUUUCACACACUGUUGCUGGUAUUUUGGCCCAUUCCUCCAUGCAGAUCUCCUCUAGAGCAGUGAUGUUUUGGGGCUGUCGCUGGGCAACACGGACUUUCAACUCCCUCCAAAGAUUUUCUAUGGGGUUGAGAUCUGGAUACUGGCUAGGCCACUCCAGGACCUUGAAAUGCUUCUUACGAAGCCACUCCUUCGUUGCCCGGGCGGUGUGUUUGGGAUCAUUGUCAUGCUGAAAGACCCAGCCACAUUUCAUCUUCAAUGCCCUUGCUGAUGGAAGGAGGUUUUCACUCAAAAUCUCACGAUACAUGGCCCCAUUCAUUCUUUCCUUUACACGGAUCAGUCGUCCUGGUCCUUUUGCAGAAAAACAGCCCCAAAGCAUGAUGUUUCCACCCCCAUGCUUCACAGUAGGUAUGGUGUUCUUUGGAUGCAACUCAGCAUUCUUUGUCCUCCAAACACGACGAGUUGAGUUUUUACCAAAAAGUUAUAUUUUGGUUUCAUCUGACCAUAUGACAUUCUCCCAAUCCUCUUCUGGAUCAUCCAAAUGCACUCUAGCAAACUUCAGACGGGCCUGGACAUGUACUGGCUUAAGCAGGGGGACACGUCUGGCACUGCAGGAUUUGAGUCCCUGGCGGCGUAGUGUGUUACUGAUGGUAGGCUUUGUUAUUUUGGUCCCAGCUCUCUGCAGGUCAUUCACUAGGUCCCCCCGUGUGGUUCUGGGAUUUUUGCUCACCGUUCUUGUGAUCAUUUUGACCCCACGGGGUGAGAUCUUGCGUGGAGCCCCAGAUCGAGGGAGAUUAUCAGUGGUCUUGUAUGUCUUCCAUUUCCUAAUAAUUGCUCCCACAGUUGAUUUCUUCAAACCAAGCUGCUUACCUAUUGCAGAUUCAGUCUUCCCAGCCUGGUGCAGGUCUACAAUUUUGUUUCUGGUGUCCUUUGACAGCUCUUUGGUCUUGGCCAUAGUGGAGUUUGGAGUGUGACUGUUUGAGGUUGUGGACAGGUGUCUUUUAUACUGAUAACAAGUUCAAACAGGUGCCAUUAAUACAGGUAACGAGUGGAGGACAGAGGAGCCUCUUAAAGAAGAAGUUACAGGUCUGUGAGAUCCAGAAAUCUUGCUUGUUUGUAGGUGACCAAAUACUUAUUUUCCACCAUAAUUUGCAAAUAAAUUCAUUAAAAAUCCUACAAUGUGAUUUUCUGGAGAAAAAAAAUCUCAAUUUGUCUGUCAUAGUUGACGUGUACCUAUGAUGAAAAUUACAGGCCUAUCUCAUCUUUUUAAGUGGGAGAACUUGCACAAUUGGUGGCUGACUAAAUACUUUUUUCCCCCACUGUAUAUGUGAUGUGUACAGAUUGAUAUAGGAGUUGUAAAACAGUAGGCACUGAAUUUUAAGUGGAAAUUGUCACCUUUGUUCAUAUCCUAAAUUCAUUUAAAUUGAAUCAACCCUAACCCUGGUGUGAAUAUUAGCUCACUGUCGCACCCUUGUGUUGUGCUAGGUGUUCUUCACACGGAAUGGGAAGGUGGUGGGCCGCAAGGAGGUGGCAGUGCCAGCAGGGGGGUUCUACCCUACCAUCGGCAUGAUGAGCACCGGGGAAAAGGUCAGGGUGGACCUGCACCCCCUAAGCGGCUGA